ACAAACAUCAUCGUCCUCCUCCUCACCAUUAUCAUAAAAUCCCAAAAUCUCGACACUGAAAAAAUGGCAUUGUUUUCACAAUUCUGAGAAACCUCUGCCACUCCCGACGACGUUGAUUCUCUGAUUCCCUUUUCUGGGAUCAGAGAAUCCUCGCCCUGCCUUCUCUCUCACCCCCUCCCUUCCGCCCGCCAUCUCCUCAUCACCUUCCUUCUCUUUUUUUUUUUUUUUUUUUUUUUUUUUUUCCAGAAGAAAAAAGAAGGGAUUUUUUUUGACGAUAUGAGCUUUUAAUUAAUUACUUUCACUUCAUUUGAUCGAAGGGAAGGGGAGGAGGUUCAAUUGGUUUUCGUUUCCUUCUUCAAAAACAAGAAAAGAUUGAAGCUUUUUGUUGAUUUUAGUGCCAAUAUAAUAAUGGUUAUGCCUCUUUCCGAUGGAAACAUGGAGGGGUGGCUUUAUCUCAUCCGCCUCAACCGGCUUGGCCUCCAGUAUUGUCGCAAACGAUACUUCAUUCUUGAAGAUAACUGCCUCAAGAGCUAUAAGGCAGUCCCCAUUACUGGAAGAGAGGAGCCAUUGAGAAGUGCAAUAAUAGACUCCUGCAUCCAUGUUCAAGACAAUGGAAGGGAGAACUUCCACAGAAAAGUGUUCUUCACUUUCACCUUGUGUAACACCUCUAACCAUGAUGAUCAACUCAAGUUUGGAGCAAAUAGUCCAGAAGAGGCUGCAAGAUGGAUCCGGUGCUUAAGAGAUGCUGCAAUUAAUCCAGAGAAGAAUUUAAGGGCACCUGCUAUAAGAAAAUGGCAACCUUUCAGAUUGAGUGUUUCGUCGAGGAUGGCCCGGACUGAUGCAUCUUCUACUCCCGUGGAUGCAAUGACAUCUGAUGUUAUUGGUCCUUGUCCAUGGAAGAUCUUUGGGAUUCAAAAUGGUUUAAGGAUAUUCAAAGAAGCAAAAGAUAGGAAUCCAAACGGGAAGCACUGGGAUGGCCAUCCAGCAAUAAUGGCUGUUGGGGUAAUUGAUGGAACCUCAGAAGCCAUUUUCAAAGCCCUCAUGAGUCUUGGCCCUUCAAGAUCAGAAUGGGACUUUUGCUUCUGUAGGGGCAGUGUGGUUGAGCACCUUGAUGGACACACAGACAUUAUCCACAUGCAACUAACCACCCACUGGCUUCCAUGGGGGCUUAAACGAAGAGAUCUGCUUCUUCGUCGUUACUGGAGAAGAGAGGAUGAUGGCACAUACGUAAUCCUUUAUCAUUCUGUGAUCCACAGUAAAUGUCCACCACAAGAGGGAUACGUUCGAGCUACUGUUAAAAGUGGUGGACAUGUUAUAACUCCUGUAAACCAAGGCAAAUCGAGUACUGUAAAACACAUGCUUUCUGUUGAUUGGAAGUCCUAUCUAAGAAAAACAACCUCGAAAUCCUUAACCAUUGACAUGCUUGGGGGAAUUGCAGCACUGAGGGAGAUGUUUAAGGCUAAAUCUGGAAGCUAUUUCCCGGACCCUGCUAUGAAUGAGCUAACAAUAGAUAUCCAGUUGCCUGUUAGCGAGAAAGAGGAGAUCAAGAAUGAAGUUGUUGCUACUGAGAGGAUCGAAGAGGAUACUACCGAGAAAUACCCUUCAGCUUGUUCGAGUAUUGUGGAGCUGGACGAUGUGGCUGAUGAGUUUUUCGAUGUUCCUGAAGCCUCAGACGACGAACAUUCAGACCAUGGAUGGCCUAGGAGCACAACCCCAGAGUACCAUGAAACGCCUCGACCAAAACUAUCUUCUGCUGCGUGUUUUGUCAGAAAAUUGCAGGAUCUUGCAGUUCAGAAGAACUUUCAAGAAAUCGUCGGUGGAGAAGAAGGUGCCAAAGGCUGCUAUGGUUGCACCCUUCCAAAAGAUGCAAGUUAUAACAUGCCUGGCAGUUGGGCUGCUGCUGAUACCUCGUCGUUUUUAAUCCGAGGAGAGAAGUAUCUCCAAGACCAUUCAAAGAUUACAUCAAAAGGCACAUUGACACAAAUAGUUGGUGCAGACUGGCUACAAUCUGAGAUUCGCGAAGAUAAUCUUGCUGCUCGCCCCGGGAGCAUUGUGCAGAAAUAUGCAGCACAGGACAGGCCAGAAUUCUUCUUUGUGGUCAACAUUCAGGUUCCAGGAGCAACAAGAUACUCCCUUGCUCUAUAUUACAUGCUGAAAACUCCUCUAGCAGAAAACCCUUUGCUCGAGCGCUUCGUUAAUGGAGAUGAUGCCUUCAGGAACUCAAAGUUUAAGCUCAUUCCAUACAUCUCUAAGGGAUCAUGGAUAGUGAAACAAAGUGUGGGCAAGAAGUCAUGUUUGAUUGGGCAAUCACUUGAAAUGAAUUACUUCAAGGGCCAGAACUACUUGGAGCUUGAUGUUGAUGUUGGAUCAUCCACAGUUGCAAGGGGGGUUAUCAACCUUGUUCUAGGCUACUUGAACAAUCUUGUUAUAGAAAUGGCAUUCUUAGUACAGGCGGACACAGAGGAGGAGCUCCCCGAACACCUAUUGGGAACGUGUCGGCUUAACCAUUUAGACGCGUCGAAAGCGGUUCAUACUAACAGUAUUAGCUAAGAAGAUGAGUCUCCCUCAGGGCAUUGGUGCAGGGCUAACCCAGUAUAACAGGACUCUACACACAAGAGCAAGAAUGGGUAGAGCAUUAGUUUUGAGGGAGUUGCAUAUUUUUUUGUUUGAAGUUGAAUGAAUUUUUGAAUAAUUAUUAUGAUUUUUGGAAUGUAUAAUUGUUUGGCCUAAUAUAAUUAAUUCUUUCGUUCUUCGUUGUA